CUGCCAUUGGGCAGCUGCAGUCGUGUCGAAUGGGAAGCGCUAAAUUAUUUAGGUGGCGACAUUGAGGCUGAUGAGGGUCGUGCCUGGAAAAUUUGUUUAAAAUAAGCUUCAUUGGAUGGCUUUGUGUUUAAAAAUAGCCAAACCCCUCGGUGUUCCAUCAGCCUCAUUAUAUUUCCAUGUCCGCAGAAACACUAAACCAUCUGUCAUACUUCUUUUUCAUCUACUCUAAUCUCUCAUGGACCAGAAAUCAGUGCUUGUUACCGGUGGUGCCGGUUAUAUUGGAUCGCACACUGUCAUCGAGUUGUUGAAUGCCAACUAUUCCGUGGUCAUCAUUGAUAAUCUAUGCAACUCAUCUUACGAAGCUGUGCGUCGCAUUGAGAAAAUCACGGGCAAGUCGGUCACCUUUUACAAGGUCGACUUGCUCGAUAAGAAGGCCAUGGUCGAGGUGUUCAAGAGACAUCCCAAUAUCGGAUCCGUCAUUCAUUUUGCUGGCUUGAAGGCGGUGGGUGAAUCGACCAAGAUUCCUCUCGAUUACUAUCACAACAAUAUCACGGGCACGGUACUGCUACUUCAAGCUAUGAAGGAAAACAAUGUCAAGGACAUCAUUUUCUCCUCCUCAGCUACCGUUUAUGGCGAUCCUCCGAUCAUUCCUAUUCCCGAAACUUGUCCCACGGGCGCCACCAAUCCCUACGGUCGUACCAAACAUUACAUCGAAAACAUGAUUCGUGAUUUAUGCACGGCCGAACCCGAUUGGAAUGCAGGCUUACUUCGUUACUUCAAUCCUGCAGGUGCGCAUCCCUCCGGUAUUCUCGGUGAAAACCCGCUCGGCAUCCCCAACAACCUGAUGCCAUUCCUCGCUCAAGUCGCUAUUGGCCGACGUGAAUAUCUUUCUGUGUUUGGUAACGAUUUCCCCACCAAGGAUGGCACCCCAAUUCGUGAUUACAUCAACGUGGUUGAUUUAGCCAAGGGUCACAUAGCUGCUCUUGAAAAAUUGCGUGAAAAGCCUGGUUGUGUCGAGUAUAAUUUGGGUACGGGCAAGGGCAAGACCGUGUUGGAGAUGGUAGCGGCCUUCUCCAAGGCCGUCGGUCGCGAUCUUCCCUACAAGAUUGUGGGUCGUCGUGCAGGCGAUGUGACCAAUUUGACCGCCAAUCCUGCCAAGGCCAACGAGGAACUCAAGUGGAAGGCCGAAGUCAGCAUUGAGGAAUCAUGUGCUUCUCUGUGGAAUUGGCAAAGCAAGAACCCUAACGGCUUAGAAGACUGUCCCGGUGAUGCUCCUCCCGAGUCAAUCAUUUGUUAUAUUUAAAAAUUCAUAGAAAGCAAUGGACUCUUUCACGGCAUAUGCAAAGUAACAUUUUACGUUUCAUUAUUUGAUCUUUCGUCUCAAUAUUAUUGCAUGGGUGUAUUUCUUUUUCUUGUCGCUUAUUCAC